AUGUCAGGAAAAGGACCAGCUCAAAAAUCCCAAGCAGCCAAAAAAACUGCUGGAAAAACCUUAGGACCAAGACAUAAAAGAAAAAGAAGAACUGAAUCUUUUUCACUUUACAUUUUCAAAGUCUUAAAACAAGUACAUCCAGAAACAGGAGUAACCAAAAAAAGUAUGAAUAUUAUGAACUCAUUUAUUAAUGAUAUAUUUGACAGAUUAGUUACUGAAGCCACAAGACUUAUUCGUUAUAAUAAAAAAAGAACUUUAUCAUCACGUGAAAUUCAAACAGCUGUAAGAUUAUUAUUACCAGGAGAAUUAUCAAAACACGCCGUUUCAGAAGGAACAAAAGCUGUAACCAAAUAUACAACAAGCGCUGCUUAA